CAAUUUGGUCUGUUCAUCUCCCUCUCCCAUACCACUCAAACGUUGGAGGGCAAGAAGUGCGUGACUGCAUGAGAGCUCCCUUUCCAACCACCCACUUCAUUUCUAUUACUUUCAAACCGUUCAAUCCACACAAAGAGGAAAAGAGAUGAGCUACCACAGGUCCCGUUCCUUGGGGAAGGUGCCCUUCUUAUGGGAGAACCAGCCCGGGGUGUGCAAGGUCACUCCAGGCACCGAGGAGAGCCCAAAGGCCGGGCCACCUCAAAAGCCGCUCAAGCUGCCACCGCCACCGUGCUCCACCGAUCGCCGGAAGCUCUCGGUGCAUGGCCUGUAUGUCCCUCUCCCUCCAUGCCCCUUCCUGCCUCCUCGAAGAAUCUCGUCCAAGAAAGGGAUGUCACAAACGGAGAAGGACCCCUUUCUCGCCGCCUACUUGGAGUGCACCAAGAGUACUGUUAAGAAGCAAGGCAAAGCCACUAAGGGGAAGGUUGGCUUUGAGAAGGUUGAGCAUGCGUUUUCUUGCAAGCAUACAUGUGAAGUUAGGGAGGAUAGCAUGGUGAGGCUGUCUCAACUUCCUGAAAUCCGUCUUAAAGACAAAAAGUUCGGGAAAGGACAUGUUAGGAUGGGGAUCAACAGCCUUAAGGACCGAGGUUACUGAUCUUUUAGGCUUUGGUUGGUUCAUUGCUUCAAUUUCUGAACAGUUUAAUAAAUAAAAU